AAACUGAAAUUUGUUUACAUCACGUGGUUAAAAAAUGGAAGCUGUAAAGAUAAAAUUACUUGCACCGGCGUGCUGCCCCAACUGCGGUUACGAUCUGCGGCCGGACAACCCGCAAGGCACACCAGAACCUGCAGCGAAGACGACCGUCGAAGGCCUGUUCAACUACGUCAAGCCAGCGGAACCACCCAGGGCACCCCGGUGGCCACGGUCCCAAUCGCCGCCCACGGAAAGACGUCCACCGUACGGCUCGAGGUCCCCCGUCAAUAAGGCAGCCUGGAGACGAUCCCGCAGAGCCGGGCGAGAGAGAAGUCGUGCCUGGAAGCUGAAAGUAGGAGCCAAAGCGGUUCCGCCCAUUAAUCCGGUUCAAAAACGAUUGCUGGAGAUUGCGUCGGAAGAUGUCGCCGUUGUGAAAGUUGAGCCACCGGUUACACAGGUUCCUGCUGAACGAUUUGCAGCCGAUGAUCGCAAGACGUUCGAACGAGCUUCCGAAUCGUGCAACGAAAUCAACCAAAGCGACGUGGAUAAUUUCUUAGCGAACUUCUUCGAAGACAACGAUGUCCGGAAGGUUGCCCUCAGCCCCAAAAGACCGAAGCCACAGAUUCCGCAGGAGGCACCUCGCCCAAAAAAGGCGUUGUUGAAGGGAUACCGCGUGCUGCAGCCGGACAAUUUUGUACGCCACACCGGAGAUCCGCCAGCUUACGAUUCGUCGUUGCAGGUGCCGACAGAGAGCGGACGGGUUGUGGCCAUUCAUAACCACUUUUACGGCGAAACCGUCGUAAUUCCGGACACUCCCUGAGGGACGAUCCUCUAAAUUUUCGAAUUUUUGUUACGAUUAUUUUUACUUUGCUUUUUUUUUUGUUAAGUUUAAAGAUUAAUUUAUAUUUUAAGCUGUACUGAAUAAAUUAUCUGAGGAUUUCCAUGAAAAUAGAUGUAAGCUGAGAG